UUCAUUUAGUCAUUGGAAAACUUCAUGCUUCCUUCACUCCUCUGCUAAUGCUGAAGAAGGAGAGGAGUUGGAAGUUGAUAAGGACGAGGCCUCUCGUUCCUCUGGUUUUGAAACGACAUCGUUAUUGGAAAGUAUUUGGAACGCAGUAUUCUCCACCGUUACGAACAGGUCUUCCCUUUGCAAAUAAAACGCCAAAACAGUUGAACACCGACGAUGGAGAAAACAAAGAAAGCCGCUUGUUUGUUUCGGUUCGAUCAAAACGACCCAGAAGGGCCUGAACGGAGUUAUCAAUGGAGACAGCUCUAGCUUUCUACAAACUUUGGAACCACCUCCUAUUCCCUGCCCUUUUAACUCAUUUUAAUCCCAUUAAAAUCCUGAUUAAGUUGAAGCAGAGCACAGAAAAAGAAAGAUUCAUUGCUAGUCGUAACAAGGAAUGGCUUCUAUCAAUGGCAAUGGUGAUGAAAUAACGAUCGACAUGGGGAAGCCGAUGAGCUUCACUGGUGGGCUUGAGUUUUGUGGCCUUACUUACAGUGUAACAAAGCAGAAGAAGUUGGAAGGGAAGUGGUUGAAACAAGAUGUGGAUUUGUUACAUAUGAUUACUGGGUAUGCCCCAAAAGGUUUCAUAACUGGAGUGAUGGGGCCUAGUGGUGCUGGCAAGUCGACUUUCUUGGAUGGGAUUGCUGGGCGAAUUGCCAGUGGGAGUCUGAAGGGCAGGGUUUCCUUGGAUGGUCUGCCGGUGACCCCAACCUUGAUCAAGCGAACUUCAGCUUAUAUAAUGCAGGACGACAGGCUUUUUCCGAUGCUCACCGUUUACGAGACCCUUAUGUUCGCCGCCGAUUUCAGGCUAGGUCCGAUUUCAUUUGCUGAUAAGAAGGAGCGUGUUGAGCAGUUGAUCGAGCAGCUGGGAUUGUCCUCAUCUCGGAAUACAUACAUUGGAGAUGAAGGAACACGAGGAGUGUCCGGAGGAGAGCGCCGGAGAGUUUCCAUUGGAGUGGACAUCAUCCAUGAGCCAGCCUUGCUCUUCCUGGACGAGCCAACUUCAGGUCUAGACUCCACCAGUGCUCACACUGUAAUCGAAAAAGUGCACCACAUUGCUCGCUCUGGUCGCACUGUGAUCCUAACAAUCCACCAGCCCUCCUCCCGGAUUCAACUCCUGCUUGAUCAUCUCAUCAUUUUGGCUCGAGGGCAGCUCAUGUUUCAAGGGUCCCCGAAGGAUGUUACGCUACAUCUCAAUCGGAUGGGGCAUAGAGUGCCUAGAGGUGAAAACUCAAUAGAGUACUUAAUUGAUGUUAUACAAGAGUAUGAUCAAUCCGAAUUAGGGGUUGAGGCACUUGCUGAAUUUGCACGUACUGGUAUGAAGCCGCCAGCGUUGGCUGAGGGGGACGGGUCGAUCUCUACGGUGCAACAGACGCCGCCUCCCUCUAGCCAUCAGAAGGAAGUGGGGAAGAGAAACAAUGGAAAGCGGCUUCACUUGCAAACAAGUGAGUAUGAUCAUAGUGUGAGAAGCCCAUAUAAUAAUACAUCAAAGUCCUGGAGUGCUGGCCAUAGUGGAAUUGUGCAGACACUCAGGUUCACUCCUUCUAGGCAGAGGAAUGAUUCCAAAAUGCAAAAUCCACUGAGUUCAUCUCCUGGCUUAUACACAUUAUCAAGUGAGAUCCUCCCAAGCACCCCAACCCCUCACAGCAGCGACUACACUGUAAAUGAGGAUGAUUAUCUCACACCUAAUAUUGAUAGGAAAGCUAUGCAGCUUGGCCCCAAAUUCACCAACUCUUUCUUCUCCGAGACAUGGAUUCUCAUCCGCCGCAACUUCAUGAACAUCUACCGCACACCAGAACUCUUCCUCUCUCGACUUGUCGUGCUCUCCAUCAUGGGAUUCAUGAUGGCCACAAUGUUCGUGAACCCAAAAGCAGACCUCCAAGGCAUCACCAACCGUCUCAGCUUCUUCAUCUUCACCGUCUGCCUUUUCUUCUUCUCUUCCAAUGACGCUGUCCCUGCUUUCAUCCAGGAACGCUUCAUCUUUGUUCGUGAAACCUCUCACAAUGCUUACAGAGCUUCCACUUACACAAUUGCAGGAGUUAUCACUUACCUUCCUUUCUUAGCCCUCCAAGCAGCGGUUUAUGCUGCCAUUGUUUGGAAAGCCUUGAAGCUUCGAGGGCCAUUCUACUACUUCCUUCUUGUUCUUUACGUCUCGCUCCUUUCCACGAAUUCCUUUGUCGUCUUUGUCAGCUCAGUUGUUCCUAACUAUAUCCUUGGCUAUGCAGCAGUCAUUGCUUUCACAGCUCUGUUCUUCCUCUUUUGUGGGUACUUCUUGAAUAGCCAUGACAUUCCCGGGUACUGGAAGUGGAUGAACAAAAUUUCAACAAUGUCGUAUCCUUAUGAAGGUCUUUUGAUGAAUGAAUAUCAGACUCAGGAAGUGUUUGGAGUAAACCCUGAAAGGCAAAAUGUGACAGGGAUCAACAUAUUGAAUCAACUCCACAUUAGCACUGAAGAAUCCAAGAAAUGGGAGAAGGUUUUCAUAAUGCUUGGUUGGGCUGUCUUUUACCGGAUAUUGUUCUAUUUGAUGCUUCGUUUUGCUUCCAAGAACCAGAGGUCGUAGAAGGGUUGACAUGGUACAUUGAACGAGUUUUCUGUAUUUCAUGGAAAGAGUCUGAAGUAGAGUUGUCAGUGGAGAGAAAGACCACGUUGGUAGCUUUUGUCAUAAAUCAAACUUUGGUGUAAUCAGCUGAAAUUUGUUGAUGCAUUUUCUUUUGUUUUAUUUGAAGACAUCAAGGAGAAUAAUAACUUGUUGAAAAUUAGUCACUGACCACAGACUAGAAUUCAUUCUGAUCUUCAUAUUAUUUUGUUAAUUUUUGUUAUGAUAUCAAAGUUCCCAUUUAUGUGCAUUAGGAACUUCUAAAACCAUAUAUGCAAGUAAUGUUCUCUUUAUAUCUGAAGAACAUUUCCUUGUAGGGC